CGCAGACAACCCCACUCGCAGCGGCGAGGGGCCGGCUGCUCUGGGGAAGCCCUGGGCUCUCCGACCCAGCUACCGGGGGCACCCUUUGGAGAAGAACCCCAGCCUAGGGUGGGGACGCACCGGCUCUCCGACAGCUCAAACACAGACAGAUCUUCUAGAGCAGGGGGAAUUUCUUUUCGCAGAAGCCAUUACUCCCCCCGAGAGAAGGCUGCAAAGCUGGGAAGCCCGGGGUGUGCUCCUCCCGCCCUUUUGGACCCCCGGGCUUGCACCGGCUGCACUCUGAGAACCAGCUGCGCGCCGAGCGGUGCAAUGCAGCACCCACCCUGCGGGCCUGGCAAUUGCUUGUCAUUAAAAGAAAAAAAAAUUACGGAGGGCUCCGGGGGUGUGUGUUGGAGAGGGGAGACCGAUGCUUCUAACCCAGCCCCCGCUUUGACGGCUUGUUGUGCAGCUGAGCGCGAGGCCAACGUUGAGCAAGGCCUUGCAGAGAGGUUGCUCCUGUGUAAUUCCGAAAGAAGGCUAGUCCGAAGGUGCAAAAUAGCAGGGAGAGGACGCGCCCCCUUAGGAACAAGACCUCUGGAUGUUUCUAGUUUCGAAUUGAAAGGAGAGGGGCGCCCCCCUUGUUUGAAAAUAAAUAAAUAAGUGCGAGCUAC